AUGGAGCGCGGCGCGGCGGGGCCGCUGCCCCUCAGCCGCCUGUCCGGACCGCUGCUCCGCAGGCUCAGCGAGCUACUGGACCGCGCGGCGCCCGGCAAGGGCUGGCGGGAGCUAGCGCAGCGAGCGGGGAGCCGCGGCACGGUGCGGCUGAGCCCUCUGGAUUUGGAGCAGUGUUCCCUCCAGGUGCUGGAGGCAGAAGGCAGUCCCAGCUGGAGUCUCCUGAAGCUGCUGGGGGAUCGAGGCUGCACUGUGGUGGAGCUGGCAGAGUCCUUGCAGGCCCUGGAGCACACAGAGGCUCUCCGCUGUCUCAGCCAUUCAGGUAUAAAGAUCAUUGUACAGCCAGACUCUCAAGCAGUGCUCUCUGGUCAGGUCGUCAAGUUGUGCUGCUGGGCAACAGGACAUCCAUUUGUGCACUACCAGUGGUUCAAACAGGAAAAGGAGGUUCCCCAUGGUAAUUCUCCAGAACUGGUUUUGAGUCCAGUGAGUGUAAAGGAUUCUGGCUUUUACAUCUGCCGAGUGAACAGUGAAUCUUCUUUCAUGUUCAGUCAGUGGGCACGCCUUGAAGUUUGUGAGCUUCGGGAUACACCUCAUGGGCGCUUAACGGGUUUGCCUGAAAACAAGUUGUGCAUUUGUAAUCAGCCUCAGCCACAAAACCUGACAGUGGGGGAUGCUUUGGUACUAGAAUGUGGAGCUGUUGGAAACCCAAUUCCUCAUUACCAAUGGUUCAGAAAUGGAUUUCCUUUGGCAGAUGGGAACAAAAAUGUCUACACAGUAACUGAUGUGGAUGUGGGACAUCAAGGAACAUAUUGGUGUCAUGUAUUCAAUGACCGGGAGGACGAAGACAGUGAGAAAGUAGAAGUCAUUAUAGGAAGGAGAGCUAUGGCAGUGGAGUGCACAGAAGAAGAUUUAAGUGAUCUUCAGGAAUCAGCAGACCCACAAGAAGAAUCUAGUCACAGACCUGUGGCCACAGACAAGGUGGCUCUGUUAAUGGGAAACAUGAGCUACUGGAAUCAUCCCCAGCUCAAGGCUCCAAUGGUAGAUGUCUAUGAAUUGACCAGUUUGCUAAGGCAGCUGGAUUUCAAAGUUGUUUCUUUGCUGGAUCUUACUGAGUCUGAGAUGCGAAAUGCAGUGGAUGAAUUUUUACUUCUCCUGGACAAAGGAGUUUAUGGUUUGUUGUACUAUGCUGGCCAUGGCUAUGAAAACUAUGGGAACAGUUUCAUGGUUCCUAUCGAUGCCCCGAAUCCCUACCGUUCAGCAAACUGCCUGUGCGUGCAGAACAUCCUGCGGCUGAUGCAGGAGAAGCAGACGGGACUCAACGUGUUCCUGCUGGAUAUGUGUCGCAAGAGAAAUGAGUAUGAUGACACAAUUCUUAUCUUGGAUGCCCUGAAAGUUACAGCCAACAUUGUUUUUGGAUAUGCAACGUGCCAAGGAGCAGAAGCUUUUGAAAUUCAGCAGUUGGGGUUGGCCAAUGGAAUCUUCAUGAAGUUCCUGAAGGACCGUUUGUUAGAAGACAAGAAGGUCACUGUUCUGCUUGAUGAGGUUGCAGAAGAUAUGGGCAAGUGUCCCCUUACCAAAGGCAAGCAAGCCCUGGAGAUCCGCAGCAGCUUGUCAGAGAAAAGGGCAUUAACUGAUCCUGUUCAACAAAGCACAUCUUCUGCAGAGUCCCUGGCACGGAACCUGCAGUGGGCCAAAGCUCACGAGCUUCCAGAAAGUAUGUCCCUUGAGUUCCAGUGUGGUGUUCAGAUUCAGUUGGGGUUUGCAGCUGAGUUCUCCAAUGUCAUGAUAAUCUAUACCCGGAUAGUUAAGAAGCCCCCUGAAAUCACAGCUUGCAGAGCCCACAUCACAGACUUUCCACUCGACUUGGACAUAGAUCCUAAAGAGGCCAAUAAAGGAACUCCUGAGGAAACUGGAAGCUAUUUAGUAUCAAAGGACCUUCCCAAACACUGCCUCUACACCAGGCUGAGUUCACUGCAAAAACUAAGGGAACAUUUAAUCUUCACUGUUUGCUUGCACUAUGAGUAUUCAGGAAUAGAAGAUACAAUGGAUGAAAGAAAGGAAAUUAAUGCUGGGAAGCCUCUUAUUGCUAAAUUAGGUCUUUACCGUGGAUUCAAAACCAAGAACUGUCCCCAGACCUGUUGCAUGCCUGGUUAUCCUUUUCAUAAUCCAGAAGAAUCGAGUCCAGAGGCAGCUGAAUACUACAUCCCUAGUCAUUGCCAACCCAAUUCCUGUCCAGGUGUUUACCAUGCAAACUGUGCUUGCUCAACCAGCAUCACACAACCAGAGGCAUGUUCCUGCAAUGGAACUUCCAGGAUAUUGACUUCAAGACAUGAAGCACAACAUUAUUCACCCACUGUGGAAAAGAGUAAUGUACCAGUAGAGACCACUGAUGAUACUGUUGAACUGGAAUUCUUCCUCUCUGACAGCCUUAGCUUCUCUGAACAGCAAUAGCUGGGAUGUGUUUGGAAUAGACCAGUGUGGCAUCCUUGAACAGAGGGGCCUCAGCACUGCUUCUCCAUCUUCUGGAGUUUGGAGACUUCUGGACAAGGCCCUGGAGAGUCUAGAGUAGGUGCUGAGAAUGAGGUUGUGAGAAAAAUUUUUCAUAUCCUAAGAGACAAAACUGGACCGAUAAAUUUAGGAAUGAAAAACACAUGAUUUUUUACUUUUUUCACUUAUUUGUUGUUUGAUACAGGGAAAAAUCUGAACUUCUCUGAGUUUCCUAUUCUGUUCUUUGGCCGUCGUGUAUUAGGAUUGGUCACUGAUGUUCCAGUGCCUUGGAUACAGCCAAAAAGCAGCUCUGACUGCAUUUCUCCUCUCUGAUUGUCAGAUGUCCAGUGUCUGGCAGCAUCUGAGAUGAAUAAGAUCUGUGCAAGGAACCUAAAACCUGAAGAGCCAGCAAACUGACAUCACUUUUGUUUUUAAGAGAACUACAGAUUAUGAGAGGGAGCAAAGUCAUGGAAUCAUACUGUGGUAGA